CCGCCGCCGCCGCGGCCGCCGCCUCCGCGUCGUCCGCCGCGUCCGCCAACAAGUCAGAGCACUACCACAUAUUCGUCGGCGACCUGAGUCCAGAAAUAGAGACACAGACGCUUAGAGAAGCCUUCGCCCCUUUCGGUGAAAUUUCGGACUGUAGAGUAGUGAGGGAUCCGCAGACACUGAAAUCCAAAGGAUAUGGCUUCGUCUCUUUCGUCAAGAAGGCGGAAGCGGAGAGCGCGAUCGCAGCGAUGAACGGCCAGUGGCUGGGAAGCCGCAGCAUCCGAACCAACUGGGCGACCAGGAAGCCGCCGGCCCCCAAGAACGAAGUGAACACGAAGCCACUGACGUUCGACGAGGUGUACAACCAGUCGAGCCCCACCAACUGCACCGUCUACUGCGGGGGCCUCACCAACGGUCUCACCGAGGAGCUCAUGCAGAAGACUUUCUCGCCCUUCGGAAACAUACAGGAGAUACGCGUCUUCAAAGACAAAGGAUACGCCUUCGUGAGGUUCUCCACCAAAGAGUCGGCUACGCACGCCAUCGUGGCCGUGCACAACACGGACAUCAACGGGCAGACCGUCAAGUGCUCCUGGGGGAAGGAGUCGGGUGACCCAAACAACGCACAGGCAGCAGGACAGCCGCUGACGGGAGCGCAGUAUCCGUACGCUUACGGGCAGCAGAUGGGCUACUGGUACCCUCAGAGCUACCCCACCACCGCCGCCACCGCCGCCGCCGCGCAGAUGCAGGGCCAGUUCCUGCAGGGCAUGCAGGGAUACACCUACGGCCAGUUCGGAUACCAACAAGGCUACAUGGGGAUGGGCAUGCAGCUGCCUGCCGCCUGGCAGGGCAUGCCGGGCCAGCCGCAGAUCCCGGCGGCGGCGCAGCAGAUGGCGGCGGCGGCUCAGGGCGCGGCCAUGCAGCAGCCGGCCGGCAUGAUGGCCUACCCCAUGCAGCAGUUCCAGUUGGCAGACGACGAUUGGCUAGCUCCCAGUCUCCUGGUCUGAUGGUAAGACGGCCAGGCCGCGAGCGACGAGUGUGAGUAGAGAGAGUGGUCGUGGUGUUGGUGGUGGUGGUGGUGACGGUGGUGACGAUGACCCGCUGGGCUCGAGCGCACGCCCUCGCCGCUCUGCCCGACCCCUGCAAACAGCCAAAACUCUUGCAUGCUAAUUCUUCACUUCAAUUUCUGUUCUGUUCUCAAACAACAACAAAAAAAAAAUCAACAACUACUAUUACAACAAAAACACUUAGAAAUAAAAGUAACAAGAAUACACAUUCGUAGAAAAAAGAACUGUGCA